AUGACAGCAGAAAAGAAACGUAAAAGAGUUCCUCUCUCGUGUUUAAACUGCUAUCGCCGGAAAGUCAAAUGUGACAGAGUCAGACCCAGUUGUGGAGGUUGUGUUAGGAAUGGCGUGGGGCAUCUAUGUGAGUUUCUAGAACCAGAAUGGGUCAAUGAUGAGGGUGAAGCCUCCAACCCUCGAAGAAAGUUAACCACUGUUGCAUCGCUACAACAGCCUUCAGGCAGCGAUAAGGUCAAGCUCGAAAAGGUAAUCCAUGGUCAAAGAUUAGAAAUUGAGGAGCUUAAACGUCAAUUGUCGGUGAUGGAACAACUAAGCAGAUUGGUGGCGUAUCAGAAAUCGGCCAUCAAUCUUCCUUUAACGGUACUUCAAAAGUUAAACCCUUUAAUGACUGCAAAAAAAGAUACUUUGCAUGUCUGCAAUGAUUUGACACGUUCUAUUCGAUCAGCAUCAUUACCGCCAGCAUCUUUAUUGACAGCAUCGUCGUCGUUUGCUAAUGAGUCGUUUGUGGAUAUCUAUUCGUGGAUCAAUAUCAUCAGAUUGGACCCCAACAUGACUACCUUAUGGUUCAAAAUCACAAAUAUGCAAAAGAUAUAUACCAUGUAUAAAGUUAGACACCACGACGACAAGCUGAAACACACACAUGAUGAUCGUGAUCGGAAGUGCCCCGUUAUCGAAUGUGACUUCAACUUUCUUGCUGAUGAUAGACCCAAUACCCCAAGACAAGAAACGGGGUCAGCCAAUCAGGGUCGGAGUCCGCAGCAGAGUCAAGAUCUGGGUCCCAAUGACAGCCAGAGCGUGCACGUUGUGGCUCAUAAUCGGGCUAGUGACAAGGGCAAGGUGACACUUAAGAAAUUACAAAGCUUAUGGGAUACAAUUCUCAGUCAGUUACCAGGAAACGAAAGGAGGUUGAAGUAUAAUCAAAUGAAGUUCUUAAUUGAUUUUUAUUUCCGUGUUCAUGAUGUUAAAAGUAGAAAAUUGUUUGUGUUCUAUAAGUCAGAGAUUGAGAAUGUCAUUCGAAAGAAUGGUGAUAAUAUCAUGAUAAAUAUGAGUUUUGGAUUAUCUGAGCCCAAACUUGCUACUGAUGAAGAGCUUUUCACUCGUAUAAAUAUCAAAGGAAUUUAUUUGUGUAUGCUUGGUCUUAUAGUGGAAGAGACACUAAGUUUCUUAAGAUGGAAAUCAGAAAAGGAUUUUAGUGGUGGUGAUACCAUAAAGACAUUUAAAGGGUUAUUCCCCAACUUAUUACAAUCUCCUCCAGAUUGUAAGAUUUUAAAGGCUGUUCAAUCAUUUUUGGUUAAUGUCAGUGAAUUAACAGAAUCAACCCAGGAGAAAUUACUUCCUUCCCUCCCGGUGAUUACGGUAACUAUUGCAUUAAUUAAUCGAGAAAUUGUUCAUUACCAAACCAACAAUAUUUUUGUCAUAUUGAAACGUUUACUUAAUGCUAUUUUGGAUCCUUUGAAUCCAAUUGCUCUUUGGAAAGAUCCAGAAUUAAUAGUUGUUGAUGAAGGGGCAUCAAAGAAACAAAUCAGAGAUAUUCGUUUACACAUUUCAUAUCUUUGGUUAGAGUUUAUUCGAAUUAUUAAUUUGACAUCCUUCAACAUUGUCAAUUUAACCAAUGGGAUGGAUCAAUUGAAUGGAUAUUUUGAACAAUUGUUCACGAAAAUCGAAGAAGCAAGCUUCAAAGAUUACCAUCGAACCUUCAUUAAUAAUUUCCAACAACCAGGUAUGCAAAAUUAUAAGAUCCAACUUGGAUGCCAUUAUUUGAUGAAUAAAAUAUAUGGUCGAUUUAAAUAUGGGAUCAAUUGCUUACAAGGUCCACCAUUACAGUUAUCAGAUAUGGAAGUGUUGAAGGAUGAAAGUGAAAAUAUUUUGAAAGACGAACAAUAUAUGACAACUCUUGAUUCCGUUUAUUUGUUUGAAAUCAGAUUAUUGUUAUUAUACAAGGCAUUUAUGAUACGAUUUCUUAUAUUUUUACAACAUGAAGAGAAUGGGAAUACCAGGGCAAUGAACUCUUCUAUUGUGGAUUGUUUUAAAUCAUAUAAUAUCAUUAUUGACUUUAUUCAACUAACAAUCAAUGAAGAAGUUAACGAUGGUCAAUACCUUCUCCAUUUCAUCAAUGAAAUGCUUACGAGGUUAAUUCAAUUUAUCAUAGGAUUGAUAAUCAGAAUUGAUUCUCAAGACGGAGUUAUUACUGAUGCUACAUUAGAUUUAAUUAUACCUCGAACAACUACAAUUAAAGGUAAUGAUUCAAAGACAUCUAUCACAGAGUAUUACUUGAAUUAUGUCACAGAUAUAGUACAACUGUUGAACACUAGUGCAUUGGUAAAUAAGGAAAGAGCUGAAAAAUUGGCUAAAUUAUGGGACUUUUAUACUACCUUCGUCAAGAAUUCCAAGAAGUUGAAGGUCAAUUAUGCCCAAAUCCAUAAAGCAAUUCAAUUUGAAACCGAAGCAGUCAAAGGCAACAAAGCUGCAAUUCAGUGUCCCGUUGCUGGUAGUGUACCUGAUGGACCACCACCACCAGAUAAAUGCCCUAUCGAUCCCAAGACAUGGAUGAAAGCCAAUUUAAGUAAGAGAAAGUGUCCCUUUGAUCACAACUCGUAUGAUGUCCAACAGAAGAAGCCCUCCAUCAAUCACAUUGAAAGUAAUAUAAGGGGAAGAACAGAACCAGAGGUAGCUAUACCAGAUCCGACUUUACCCCCGGAAUCUGCUUUAGACUAUGGAAUUGACAGCCAAACUGGUAGUGAAUAUGUUGUUGAUUGGAAUGAACUUAACGAAUUUGACUUUGAGUUUAUGAAGACUGAAUUUGCUAAUGACCAAUUCGACUUUCUUCAACCUGACAUUUAG